CUUUUUAUUCGUUUCCUAGUAUAAGCUGUAAACCCCAAAUCCAACUUCCACUAAUCGCCAUCGCCGGCGAUCGCUUCAACCAUGGCAAAGAGUAUGAGCUUCGUCGUCGGCGUCAUCGCAGUUCUUAUGCUCUUACACGCUGCUUACUCUACCAUUCAAUAUAGGGCUUUGCUCAAGAUCACUGAGGAUGAGUUUUCCGGACCUCCAUUUGAAGUGCUACUUGAAUUGGCAUUAGUAUUGGUUUUGAGUCUGUUUGCUGGAUUAACAGUUCCAGGGAAUUUCCGAUCUAUACUCCCAGAUUCAGAUGAGAACAGGGUUGUGUCUCUACCCGCAAAUAUGAACUUUAUGAUCUUCAAUCAUCGUGGAAAGGCGUUCCCUACAGAAACUGGGUUAAAGCUCAACUGAAUUUAAGAACAAGAAUUUUUUUUGCUGAAUUUAAGAACAAGACCUUUUAGUAUUUAUUUCCUUCAAAAUACAUUUCACUUUCUUGAGACUUGAUAGAUUGUUUGUGUCAUAAUGUUGCAUUAGUAUUGUUUUAGAUAUUUGAUCCAUCAUAUGAUAAAAUGAUUUUGGUUAA